CGAUUAUAGUAUCCAUUACUUCUUUUUCUUUCUGUUUGCAUGACUCUGUGUUGUUGAGUCAAAUUUCAGAUUUAACGACUCAAAAAUAAGAAUAGUCGACUGGUAGCUAAAAAUGUCACUAUUCCGGAAACCAAAGAAAAUACAACGACGCAUGUUUUGCGCUGAUGAUGAAGACGAAGGAGACCCUGAGCCACCACCACCACCUAUUAUUAGUCACGAAAGAGAGAAAAAAGAAAACAAACCUGUUAAACCAACAUCUCUUCUGAGUUUUGCUGAUGAAGAGGAAGACGGGGAGGUGUUCAAAGUGAAGAAAUCGUCACAAAGUAAAAGACUCGCGAAACGCAGGGAGAAGGAGAAACGGCGUGCCCCUGACGGUGAUAGUAAUAAAUAUGACAAUAACAUUCAGGAGGAGGAGAAAAUGGUGAUCGACAGCAGUCAGCAGGAGAAGAAAAAAAAGAGAGUGACCUUAGAGGGGUUGAUACUGUCGGGUCGGGAAGCACUAGCGGCAGAUGGAGCAGGCGAUGUAUCUGAUAGUCCCCCUGAGGAGGAGGCCGAGGAGGAGGACCAGCACGGGUUCCACCGGUACCGCGCGGAGUCGGUGAGGGCCGCGCUGGCCGUGGCUCCCGGCCACAUCCCUGACGCCGCGCUCAUCCACGCUGCGCGCAAGACAAGACAGCAGGCUCGUGAGAUCGGCGGUGACUAUAUAGCUCUGAAGACUGAAGCGGCGCCAGGCUCACGGCUCGUGCGGGACGAUGGUUCAGGGGACGACGACGAUGAAGAAGGAAGGGUUCAUGUUAGGGGGUUAGAUCUGCCCAGCGAUAAGCCGAAACGUGGAACUGCCGCUGCACCCACCAACGAAGAGCUGGACAGCGAGGUCGAGGAGUGGGAGGAACAGCAGAUGCAGAAAGCCAUGCACGCCAUCCCUGACAUACCAGGUGAGGGCAUGGCGGAGCUGAACCCGUUCGCGGCGCCCCCGCCCCCGCGGCUGGAGGGCGCGUCGCACCUGCGCCCCCUGCACCACACGCGCCCGCUCACCUCCGCGCACGACCUGCUCGCCGCCCUCACUCACAGGUUAGAGGAGCUGCAAUCGGGCCGCGAGCGCACGUUCGCGGAGCGCGCGGAGUACCUGUCGCGGUUGGCGCGCGCGGGCAGCGUACGCGCCGCACGCGCCGGCCGCACCGCACGACUCGACCGCGCCUACCGCCGCGCGCAGGCCGCCAGGGGGUUCCUCACCGACCUCGUCGAGUGUCUCGACGAGAAGAUGCCGGCGUUAGAAGCUUUAGAGUCUCGUGCGCUUGCGCUAGCGCGGCGACGAUGCGAGUAUUUGGUUGAAAGACGACGGGCUGACGUACGAGACCAGGCCGACGAUACACUCGCACUCACUGCCCGCCCCGGCGCCGCCAAACCUGUGGAAUCUGAAGAGAAGCGUCGCCGAUGUGCAGAGCGAGAGGGAAGAAGGAGAGCGAGACGGAUGAGGAGGGAGGAGUGCGCCGCAGCCGCCGGGACUCCGCCCUCGCACCGCGACGGAGACUCCAGUGACGACUCGUUGCCCCCAGAUGAAUUGCAUCACUAUCAGCGGGAAACGGAAGCCAUCCGCGCGGAGAGCGGCGCGUUGUUCGCGGACACGUUGCCCGCGUGGCGCAGCAUCCGCGGCGUGUGCGCGGUGCUCGCGCGGUGGCGCCGCCGCUGCCCCGCGCUCUACAGCGACGCGUACGUCGCCGACUGCCUGCCCAAGCUGCUGGGGCCCUACGUGAGACACCAGUUGAUCUUAUGGAAUCCUUUGGCGGACGAAGAUAACGAAGAUUACGAGAAAAUGGACUGGUACAAAUGUCUGAUGAUGUACGGGGUGCGUCGGGAGCGCGCGUCUGACUCGUCGUCGGGCUCGUCGUCGUCGGAGGGCGAGGAGGCGCCGCCGCCGCAGGUCACCGAGGACUCGGUGCGGAACGAUCCCGACUUAGGGCUCGUGCCCGCCAUCGUGUGCAGAGUGCUCGUGCCCAAGCUUACAGAGCUGGUGGAGCAGGCGUGGGACCCGAUGCGCGUGCGCGCGUGCGUGCGGCUGCGGCAGCUGGUGGUGCGGCUGGCGGCGCUGCCCCGCGCCGCGCCCGCGCUGCGCCCGCUGGCCGCCGCCGCGCGCGCCCGCCUCGCGCACGCGCACCGCACCGACGUCUUCCUGCCGCCGCUGCCGCCGCAAAAUGCGUUACGCAUACCCGCUUCACCCGGCGCGGGCUCCACGGGUUAUGUGGGACUCGUCCUGCAACCCCACCGUUUACCACUAAGACAAAAAGCAGAAGUUUACCCACUAAAACUCAGCGAUGUCCCUCGCAUGGAAGGCGAUGCACGGGAUCGGCCCGGAGGCCAUACACCGCGCGGAUCGUUGCCAGUAUCGAGUGACGCUAAGUGUGUUGUAUGUGUCGUGUGCCGGCAGCGUGGCGGAGGGCCCGGCGGGCGCGUUCUGGCGGCGCUGCGUGGGCGCGGGCGCGCGGCUGCUGCGGGGCACACUCGCGCUGUGCGCGCCGCCGCCGCUGCUCGCCGCCGAGCCGCUAGUGCUGCGCUUGCUCGGUACGCUACUGUUCUAUUGGUUUACGCGCAUCUGAACGGCCUCGUCGCGUACUCUUUUACACAUCGCACUCUCGGUGCGACACUAUUUAAAACUCUGACACCUCACAAAACAAUGACUUUAGAAGAUAUAGAUGAGAUGAAUCAUACGGAAACUAUGAGUACAAAAGGUACCGGAGGUUCAACUUCUCCCUAUUCCCUUCCCUCUAACCCUCAAAACUUCCCUCCCUAUGAUUAUAUUCGUCCCUCCAAGGCCGGCAGCGCGCUUGUAGCCCCUCCGGUGUUGCAGGUGUCCAUGGGCGACGGUAAUCACUUACCAUCAGGUGAUCCGUCUGCUGAGACGUUGUGUUGCGCUGCGGGCGCGGCGCCGGGCGUGAUGGCGGCGGGCGCGGCGGCCGCGCUGGCGGACACGGUCCCGCGCGGGGGCCGCCUGCGCCCCGCCGCGCUCGCCAUACUGGCCGCGCUAGCCACGCGGGUACUCGCGCGGCUGCAGUCCGACAACCCGCUGCAUCUGAAAGCGCUGGAACAAGUCAGGACCGUGAUAGCAGAAGCGCGUGCGACGGAAUGACGGAUGUGUGUCGUCAUAUAUGCACGUUACAUAGACAAAUUACGUGGAAGCAUCUGUUAUGUUGUAGACCAGAUGAGUUAAAUAGAACAGAACUUUUACCCAAUAGGAGUGUGUUAACAAUAAAUAUACUUGAUCAGUGCGACUCAUUCAAUGCUUGAAACUCUUAUAUCAGUUGUCGGUUAUUAUUAUAAAUUAAUUUUACUAUUAAAACUAGCGAAUCACACUGGCGCCCACCGUGGGACUCAGCUAUAUAACGAUGUCGAAGAAUCUACCGCCCGAAACAAGAAACUUUUAACUUAUCAGGAACGAGCCUCAUGUCUUCGGUGAAGUUUAUAUUUUUAACAUUAUGCAUUAUAUGCAUUAGACACUAAGUUAAACUUGUGUCUCCAGAUUUAUAAUAAGAUUGGCUGAGGAGAAUAGGUUAAGCACAUUCCCAGUUUUAAUUACAUUAUAGCAAGCAUGUACUUUGCUUGCUUCACGCAAGUAAAAUAUCUCACAACACUUGUUAAAAUAAAAUAAAACAUUGGCACCUCUAUUUCUAUCCAUAUAGAUUGUAAUUAUUUAUUAAUAUAUAUUUGCAAACAUAAAAUGUGACUUUAAUAGGGUAACAAACAAUUUCAAGAAGUUUCUCCAAAAAAAAAUAAAACUAAUCCACAAAGAAAUGGUUUGUAAAGUAUCAAAACUAUAAGAGCUUGAAAUUAAAAAGUUUCGUAUUCAGAUAAAUAUAGUACUAGGUGCUUAGUUAAGUCAAUCAGUGUGUAAUGAAAAAGUAACUAUAAAACCUAGAGCAAGAAUUCUUCCGGAACACAACGUCUAAUGUCAUCCAUGUUAUAAUAUCCGGUAAAUGUUGCAUGUAGCUUAAUUCAAAUAAGUAGGCAUUUUAAACAAUUUUAUCAUGAAUAUCAUUUUCGCACUUACCUACAUGAUAAUGAAAUAUCUGUAAUAUUAAGAUAUGUAUUUCGAUUAUUUUCUCGUUCAAAAAAAGGUUAAUCUGAUUAUAAAACCGUGUUAAUAUAUGAGAUUUAUAAGAAUAGUUGGCUAGUAACUGGUCACAUUGUCCCAUUGGUCACAUUUAGUAAAAAAUAAUUAAUAAUAAAAUAAUAUAAACUAGGAA